AUGGCAUCCUCCCUUUCAUUUUUAGCCACUCGAACCUUGCCAUCAUGCAUGGCUCUCUCCGACGUCGAUGUUAGUGCCUUUGGACAAGCUGUUUAUCCAAAAACAAAUAAAAGUAGGGAGUUAAGUACUAUAGUGAGUGUCGCAACCGACGUACCACCAAUUGUUCAAGUGCGACCGUGUAAGGUGGCGAAGGAGAAGAAGCUAGCCGCAUGGACUAGCAUCCAACAAGAUAGAUGGGAAGGGGAGCUCGUUGUACAAGGGGAGAUCCCAAAAUGGCUGAAUGGGACUUACUUACGAAAUGGACCAGGACUGUGGCAUAUCGGAGACUACAGCUUCCGCCACCUCUUCGACGGCUACGCCACCAUUGUUCGCCUCCACUUCGAGAAUGGCCGCCUUGUUAUGGGCCACCGACAAAUUGAAUCUGAUGCUUAUAAAGCCGCACGAAAAAACAAUAAACUUUGUUAUCGUGAAUUUUCAGAGGUCCCAAAAUAUGACAACUUUUUGUCAUAUAUUGGAGACUUGGCCAAUUUAUUCUCAGGUGCCUCCCUAACUGAUAAUGCCAAUACUGGCGUUGUACAGUUAGGUGACGGCCGGGUGGUUUGUCUCACCGAGACAAUUAAAGGGUCAAUUAUAAUCGACCCCAAUAAUUUAGAUACUAUAGGGAAGUUCGAGUAUAGUGACUCACUCGGUGGGCUGGUACACUCAGCCCAUCCUAUAGUGACUGAUACAGAAUUUUUGACAUUGUUGCCUGAUUUGUUGAACCCGGGUUAUUUAGUCGCAAGAAUGGAGCCCGGUUCAAAUGAAAGAAAGGUGAUUGGUCGGGUUGACUGUCGUAACGGGCCGUCACCGGGGUGGGUCCAUUCAUUCCCGAUGACCGAACAUUAUGUGAUUGUACCCGAGAUGCCUUUGAGGUAUUGUGCACAAAACUUAUUAAGGGCUGAACCUACACCAUUGUACAAAUUUGAGUGGCAUCCAGAAUCCAAAGGGUUUAUGCAUGUUAUGUGCAAAGCUAGUGGUAAAUUGGUGGCAAGUGUUGAAGUUCCUUUAUUUGUGACAUUUCACUUCAUCAACGCGUAUGAAGAGAAAGACGAAGAUGGAAGAGUGAUUGGAGUUAUAGCCGAUUGUUGUGAGCAUAACGCUGACACUACCAUCCUUGACAAGCUACGGCUUCAAAAUCUACGAUCAUGGUCAGGCCAGGACGUUCUACCCGACGCUAGGGUUGGUCGAUUUAGAAUACCUUUUGAUGGGAGUCCAAAUGGGGAAUUAGUAGAUGCGUUAAACCCCAAUGAACAUGGAAGGGGGAUGGAUAUGUGUAGCAUCAAUCCGGCUUAUUUAGGCAAGAGAUACCGAUAUGCUUAUGCUUGUGGUGCUCAACGCCCUUGUAACUUCCCCAACACCCUCACUAAGAUAGACUUGGAAGAGAAAAAGGCAAAAAAUUGGUAUGAUGAAGGUGCAGUGCCAUCUGAACCAUUUUUCGUCGCACGACCUGGUGCUAUAGAAGAGGACGACGGAGUCGUGAUUUCAGUGGUUAGUGACAAAAAUGGUGAAGGCUACGCGCUUAUAUUAGAUGCAUCAACAUUCGUAGAAAUUGCAAGAGCAAAGUUUCCUUAUGGGCUUCCAUAUGGGCUUCAUGGAUGUUGGAUUCCCAAUUAAGCGUUAAUUAA